GAACGCCUUCAAAACUCAAUGUACCAGCCAUGGAGUCACGCGUGAUCAAGGAGGGCAAGUUGCUCAAGCGUGGCGAGUACAUUUCCACCUGGCGUGUGCGCUGGUUCAUCCUGCGAGAUGACGGCACCUUCCGUGGCUAUAAGAACCGUCCCAUGACUCCCACGGAUCCGCCGGUCAACCUCUUUGAGAUCAAGGAUUGUACGCUGGGCGUAACAGACGACGACAAAUCGGGCAAGUUUGGCUUUAGCAUUCGCUUCGUGCAAAUGACGCGCAUCAUUGAGCGCACCUUUUACACCGAAACACUGGAAGAGCGCGAAGGCUGGAUCCAAGCCAUCAACGAUGUCAAGGCUCGCGUCGACGAGAGUCAGCCCGCAGAUAUGCGGUCCGAAUAUCGUGCCAUGUCCUUCAUUGGUGGCCGCCCCGAGGCCAUUGAGAUGGACAUGGACUCGUUCGAGCUUCUCAAGGUCCUGGGCAAGGGCACGUUUGGCAAGGUCAUGCUCGCCCGUCUCAAGCUCAACCGCAAGAUCUAUGCCAUGAAGGUGCUCAAGAAGAGCAUGGUGCUGGAGAAGGAUGAGCUGGCUCACACCCUUACGGAAAACAGCGUCCUGGCCAAGGCCUCCCAUCCCUUCCUGACCUCGCUCCACUUUAGCUUUCAGACUCCCGAGCUCCUCUGCUUUGUGAUGGAAUACGUCAAUGGAGGCGAGCUCUUUUAUCACUUGCGCAAGGAGAAGCGCUUUUCCGAAGAGCGUGUCCGCUUUUAUGCGUCGGAGAUCACCAGCGCGCUCACGUACAUGCACUCGGAAGGCAUCGUCUAUCGUGACUUGAAGCUGGAAAACGUCAUGUUGUCGAGCGAAGGACACAUCAAGAUCACGGAUUUUGGCCUUGCCAAGGAAGAGAUUCACUAUGGUGACAAGACCACAACCUUUGUGGGCACACCAGAAUAUCUGGCGCCCGAGGUCAUUGUGGAUUCGGAGUACGGCCGUGCCGUCGAUUGGUGGGGUCUUGGUGUCAUUUCCUACGAAAUGUUGGCCGGUGCGCUGCCGUUCAACAGCCGUGACUACGAAAAGCUCUUUAACCUCAUUCUCACGCAAGAGGUGACCUUUCCCGCACAUUUUAGUGCCGAGGCCGCCGACUGCAUCAGCCGACUGUUGGACAAGGAGCCAUCGACGCGACUGGGUGGUGCGGUCAACGAUGGCAAGGACGUGAUGGCCCAUCCUUGGUUUCACUCGAUUGAUUGGGAAGCCUUGGAGGCGAAGACGAUUGAUCCGCCUUUUGUACCAAAGGUGCGCGGCGAGGAUGACGUCGGCAACUUUGACUCUUAUUUUACCUCGGAGAACCCCAUCCUGACACCCGAGGAUGUCAGUUUUGGCCUGUUAUCGCUUUAUCCCCAUCCGCAUGGCCCCGCUUUUCGACGACUGCCCGUCGUUCUCAAGCACUCUGGAAUCUACAUGGGCACACCUAUCAGUAUUCUUUUGGUUAAUUUUGUUUAG